AUGCCCGGUUUGGUAUAUGACCCUUCAGCUCGCUACACUGGACCCCUUCUGCCACUGGUGACCCCUGUGGCGAUGGCCCAGACAGGCGUGCGGGCGCUUGGCGGUUGGCUGGCGCUGGAGGAACUCGCGGCGCUGUGGUCGGCCAACUGCCGCGCGAUCGCCUCCCCCACCGAUCGCCGCAAGGGCGGCCCUUGGAACGGAAUCUCGGCCUUCAGCGAGAGGGGCGGCUGGCGCCACAUCAACGGGGGAACGACGAUCCACGACGGUGGUGGCGAUUCGGAGUUGAUUGAGGAGACACCGGCAGCCCCAGAAGGGCCCACUGUUGGAAAGUACACAAGCCAAGAAAUGCAGGAGCGGCUCAACGACCCCACAAAAUGGCCUCAAAUUGAUCCAUGGCGCAUACCCGUGUACAACAACAGGCAAAUCAUCAUGCUUGCAGAGUUUGCCGAGAUGCACCUGGUGGCAUCCAGCUACAGGGUGAAGAACGCUCAGCACAUCCUGCGAGACCUGGCUGGCACAUAUAUCAAGUACCUCAAGAAGCCCACCAUAGAUUAUGUGAACAUCUCCACCCUAAUUCAGAAAUUUGCACGCCUGGUGAGCCUGGCUGGUGUGCAGCACUGGCUGCUGCAGCACCACAGCGAUUUUGUGGGCAAGAUGUUGCACCAUGUUGACACGAACAUCGCAACGUUCAGGGCGCGCCAGAUCGCCGCCACGGUAUUUGCCCUGGGCAGGCUGGGACCUGGGGUGAGAUUGGUGCGGACACCGUCAGGUGUGUCUGGCAACGAAGUUCUGCAGAAGCUUGUCCUGGCAGCAAAGCUGAACAAGGACUUCAUGUUGGAUCGUCAUUGGUCGGCUCUCUUGGUGGGACUCAUCAUGCUCUGCCCACAGCAUGGACAUGGAGAGGCGGGAGAGGGUCUGGAAGGGGCUGCUGGCGAUCUUAGAGGUGGCCUUGAAUCGUUGCCGGGCCUCUAUGGUGACGAAUUUUUGCGGCUGGCAGAUCAAUGCAUCGCUGGUGGUGGGCGCUUGUAUAACCCUUCCCAGUUGUCCACCUCGCUGUGGGCAUUUGCGAAAAUGGGCUUUCGCAAAUGCGAGGCAACUGUGCAGGCGACCCUGAAGCGUCUGGAGGUUGAGUCGCUCCAUUUCCAAGUCGCAGACGUUGCCCUCAUCUUGUGGUCACUGGCUAUGCUCCAUGCACGGCCUUUGUGCCUGCAGGUGCCCAGAGGCAUGCAGAAGGCCAAGGAGCUCUGCUGGGCACACCUGCAGGACACAUCCACACAAGACCUGACCUUUAUCGUGUGGGGUUUGACUGGUCUGGCGGUCCCGGGCUGCACAGGCAUAUUCAAUGCCAUCGUGAAGGAAGCCCUGUACAAAGUAGCUGUGGGUAAGCUUUUCAUGGAUGCCGACAUCAUAGGGCUGAAUUUCAGCUUCGCCCGUUAUCGGUACAAGCCCCCAGAUGUGCUGCUCAGCCAGGUUUCAGCCUACCUGCGGGACAAUGCGGGCAAACUGAACGCGGGGUUGUUGUCUCAGGCGAUGUAUUUUGUCGCCUACUUUGGCAUGGAGGAUGUUGCUCUCAUCAGGGAAAUGAAAGCGCAGAUGGCCAAAUGCAUGGCAGGGGCAUCGCUGGAAGAUGCCUCUGCUUUUGCAUGGUCGUUGGCGAUGGUGAACCAGCUGGAUCUACCUUUCCUCAAGCAGGUUUUGGUGCACAUGUGCUCGUUUGGAAGCCCCGCCAUAAGACCCAGCGCCAGGCGCCAGAUGCAUCAGUGUCUCAUUCACUUGCAGCACGUGGCCAAGGUGGAAGUGCCUGUGGACAUGCUCCCUGAGGAUCUGGCUCAGAUGGCCAGGGAAGACUGGAGGGAGGGUCAACGGUGCAGGCCAGUGCAUCCAGACAUGGUGGACGUCUUGCAGGUCCUGGGAGACAUGGGAUAUGAGACGCACCCAUGUCAGGUCAUCCACGAGGGACCCAUCAUGGCCAGCAUUGCGACGCUUCGGGACGGCACCCGGAUCGCUGUCGAAAUCUUCCGGCAGGCUCACUUGUUUGUCAACACAGAGUCACCGCUUCCCGGGCCAUCGCUGUGGCGAAGCCACUUUCUGGAAGCCGUUGGGUUCAGGGUGCUGAUGGUGAUGGAGUUGGAUUGGAGCAGCCUGAGCGACCAGGGCGCCAGGCAGUACCUCGCACAAAAGCUGGAGGAGCUGAAUUUGCCUGCUGCUGCGUUGCGAGCACCCGCUGUGGUCCCAUGA